CCACUCUCUUCUCCGGUUCUCCCUCGCCGCUCCACACCCGCGCACAAAUCAAGCAGCAGAACAGAGUGAAAUGAAGGUGGAGGUGGUGGAGACGACGCUGGUGGCGCCGAGCGAGGCGACCCCGCGGCACGCGCUGUGGCUCUCCAACCUCGACCUCGCCGUGCCCAAGACCCACACGCCGCUCGUGUACUACUACCCCGCGCCUUCCUCCCCCGGCGGCGGAGGGGGCGAGGAGGAGGGGCCGGCGUUCUUCGAACCGGCGCGGCUGCGGGAGGCGCUGGCGCGGGCGCUGGUGCCGUUCUACCCGCUGGCGGGGCGGCUGGCGACGGGGCCGGGCGGGCGGAUCGAGAUCGACUGCACCGGCGAGGGCGCGCUGUUCGUCGUCGCGCGCGCCGACUUCGCGGGCGACGAGGUGUUCAGGGACUUCGAGCCCUCCCCCGAGGCGCGCCGCCUGCUCGUCCCCUUCGCGGAGUCCGGCGACCCGCCCUGCGUGCUCGCCAUGGUCCAGGUGACCUUCCUGAAGUGCGGCGGCGUCACGGUCGGCACGGGCAUGCACCACGUGACGAUGGACGGGGCCGGCGCGUUCCAGUUCAUCCGGACCUGGACGGGUCUCGCGCGCGGUGAGGCGCCCGCCGUGUCGCCGUUCCACGACCGCACCCUCCUCCGCGCGCGCUCCCCGCCGCACGUCCCCUUCGAGCACCCGGUCUACUCCCCUUCCUACCUCAACGGCUCGCCGCGGCCGUUCGUGACCCGCGUCUACACCGUCCCGCCCAAGCUCCUCGCCGACGUCAAGUCCCGCUGCGCGCCGGGGGCGUCCACCUACUGCGCGGUGACCGCGCACCUGUGGCGCGCCAUGUGCGUGGCCCGGGGCCUCCCCGCCGACAGCGACACGCGGCUGCGCGUCCCCGCCAACAUCCGGCAGCGCCUCCGCCCGCCGCUCCCGACGACCUACUUCGGCAACGCCAUCGUGCGGGACCUGGUGACGGUCAAGGUGAGCGACGUGCUGUCGCAACCGCUCGGGUUCGUGGCGGAGCGGAUCAAGAGCGCGGUGUCGCGCGUGGACGACGCGUUCGUGCGGUCGGUGAUCGACUACCUGGAGCUGGAGUCGGAGAAGGGAAGCCAGGCGGCGCGCGGGCAGUUCAUGCCGGAGUCGGACCUGUGGGUGGUGAGCUGGCUGGGCAUGCCCAUCCACGACGCCGACUUCGGGUGGGGCCGGCCGGGUUUCGUGGCGCCGGCGCAGAUGUUCGGCAGCGGCACGGCGUACGUGACGCAGGGCCCGGAGAAGGACGACCCCGUGAACGUGCUGUUCGCACUGGAGCCCGAGUACCUGCAGUGCUUCGAGAAGGCCUUCUACGGGGAGUGACCGAGCGGGCAGUGGCAGUGGCGCGCCUGACUGCCUUAGAAGGGUAGGCGAGUCACCGGAGACGUCAAUGUGCUCUGUAUCAUAAUGCAUGUCACGAGAUGUUGCUGCUUACUUACUGCCCGUGUAAGCGUGGAAAAUGUGUGCUUGGCUGCAGUUUCUACGCCGAGUCACCAAAAGCAUUCUGGUCGAAGUAUCUAUAUACAGGAGAUCGAAUGAAAAUGCACGGCUGUAAGAGGUUUGCAGCUUUGAAUA